GAUUGAAAAGUAAGUAUCUUGUUACAAUAUAGUGUAGUUUAUAUACCUUUAUACUCUAGAUAGAUAGAUAGAUAGAUUACACGGUAUGGUCCCACACGGGAACCACCGGCACUGCUAUACAACCCCAGAGCGAGCUCACCCCUCUUUGGAGGCGGUAGACUAUAGGGAGUACAGCAGCGUCGUACUACUCUACACAUUAACGCAAGUUAGACAAACAGCUAGUGUACCGUAGUACUGAUACUAAAUUGGAGAACAUUAUUCACGAUCAUCGUCAUGUGAUCUGAAGUCACAAUCGUCGCUGUUGACAUCCGCCAUGUCCUCCUCUGCACUAUCCUCCCCACUGUCGCCGACAUCCUCCUCAAACCACCGAAAACCUUCCAUAAGUUUGCGCUGCCAUAGGGUCACUACUUGAUAUACGAAUUUCGCCGUCCGCGCAACCAGGUGCCACGAAUAAAUACAUCCUUUCAAAAAUUCGAAUGCUUCGUCGUCUGUCAAAUCUCUUCAUCUGCAGGGCACACCAACAUCACAUGCUCAGGAGUCUCGUAGUGUGCACCACACGACCGACAAAGGUAGAGAAGACGAUCAUCGUGCAUGUUCGGCGUACGAGAUGGGGAGGCCCUAAACACACACGGUACCCAGCCACCCAGCAACAAUCGCGUAAGAGAGAUGCGAUGUUUGUAGUUAGGGACGUUCGUCAAGUAAUGGCGAAGGUGGAGGGUAUGAUGCGUUGGAGGAUCGUCACUGAUGACGGGAUCCACGGGCUCUCGGCGAUUUUGGAUGAGAGAGAGUCGAGAGAAGGUGUCGACGUCGUUCUACAAGUCCUCCAUCAAUGGCAAUCGAAGAGAUAGACCCGAGCGAUCCGACGA